AUGCGCCGUCCCGGGCGUUCCGCCGUCGUGCGGUGCCGGAGCCCGAAUUCUGGGGCUCUGGAGUGUAUAAAUUCCCCUCGAUUCGAGUCUGGGAUCAUCAUCUGUCCCUUUGAUCUCGUAGAUUGUGGUUUGCUUGCUGUUUCCGCAGAUCCUUUCUCGGCAGUCAUGGCGGUUGUAGUCCAUUUCAACGAUGACGACAUGGCGGCUGGAGUGGCGCGCGUCGAUUUGACACUGCUUGGGCUGGUGAUUGGAACUUCGCCGCCGCUGCACACGUUGAGGACGGUCCUAACUAGGGUUUGGCGGUUUGAAGGGGAUCUGACGAUUUCUCAAUUAGACGGCGGGCUGCUGCAGUUCGUCUUCUCCCUACAAUCGGAUCUACAGGCGGCGGUUUCGGCUGGCCCUUGGAUCUUUGACAAGUAUAUGCUGACUUUACAGCCCUGGGCUACGCCAUCGGAGGAAGUGAUUGGUAACCUUCGUUGGGCUCCCCUUGCUGUUCAGAUCUGGGGGGUUCCCUUCGAUUGCUUCACCAACAAAAUGGCUCUCCGGUUGGGUUCUGCAUUGGGAGAAACCGCCACUCCUACUCUGCACCGGUCUGAUGUUUCGGGCGGGCUUUACGUCAGGGCAGAGCCUGUGCUGAAUCUGUUGGAACCAUUGCCGGACUCGAUCUCCGCUGGACAUAUCGACCCACAGAAAGGUACCUUCUCUGCUAAAAUCAAGUUCGAACUAGUUUCUCACUUCUGCUUCCUUUGUGGUGUGAUUGGGCAUGUGAAGGAUGUCUGUCCUCGUAAGGAAGAACUUGGAGCCUCGCCGGCGAAGUAUGGCAAAUUCACCAUGGCUUCUGAGUCGGGCCCCCAAGUUACUGAAGCCAUGCUUGCAAGGCGGCGCCGCCGGUACACCUGGAUCCGGGCAAACUUCUGCAACCAGGGCAAGCCACGUCGGGGAGGGGGUACUUGGGAAGAUUCCCGGCGUCCGGGGACGGGGAUCAUGGGGUCUCGAUUUCAGUCCCUAUCGCUCCUCCACCCCUCGACUGAUUCUCAUGCGCAGCAAGUCAGAGAUGUUCACUCCACAGAUGGGACCAGCAAGCUUCCCCUCGUGGAUUCUUCCCCUGUUUCUCCGCAACCGGCAGCAAAGCGGCUCCGAUUUGGGUCGGCUUCGGACACUUCCUCUGCUCCAGUAUUUGACAAGGUGGCGGGCGCCAGCCUCAACUGGCCCCCAGCGGAUCCAUGA